UCCAAAAUUCACUCUUCGAAACAAAAUAGAAAAACAUUACGAAGACUAAGAUAAAAGGAUUGGAUAUAUUUACACUUAUUUAACAAUCCGUAAUCCUCUUACCUUGGACAAAUCGAACAGCAUUGGGUCUUGGUGUAAUUUGAAAAAUGGCGGCGGACGAACAAAGCCUUGUGCUUUCAGUAAAUCAGGCAAUUGUGAAUCAAAGAAGACAACCACUUACGUGGCGAACACGAAUUUGUUUUGGAGUGGGACAUGUACUUAAUGAUCUGUGUGCCUCUAUGUGGUUUACCUAUCUCCUGAUAUAUCUUCACAAGGUGGUGAAAUUUUCGAAUGCGAACGCUGGAACGCUGUUGUUGAUCGGACAAGUAGCGGACGCCUUGUGUACCCCGCUCGUCGGAAUCGAAUCAGACAGAACAAGCCGUUUUAAAUACGGUAGACGAAAGAUAUGGAAUUUGGUUGGAGUUACUUCAGUGGCCUUCAGUUUCCCGUUUGUAUUUAACCCAUGUUUAGGCUGCGAGAACUCUGAACAAUGGGCGCAAUUUGUUUACUAUUCGCCGUUCAUAGUAAUAUUUCAGUUUGGCUGGGCGGCAUCGCAGAUAUCACAUUUGAGUUUGAUUCCAGAACUCACAGACGAUGAGCAUGAGAAGUGCGGAUUAAAUGCAAUAAGAUAUGCAGCUACAGGCUCCUGCAACAUAUUUGUCUUCAUUAUCACCUGGAUUUUCUUGGAUACGAGUGACGUCAGCACCGAUUCAAACCAACUGGGGACCGCAGAUGCAACUGCUUUUACGUAUGUGGUGUUAAUAGUUGUCGGCACCGGGGUUUUCUUCACGGUUGUCUUUCAUCUCGGAGUGAAAGAACCUUCGCGUGACUGUAGCGCUGAAUUCGCAACCCAGUCCAGCAAACGGUCGGCUGCUAACUGGAGAGCCUGGUUCCGAGAGCCACUGUUUUAUCAGGUUGGAGUGUUGUACAUGUGUGUCCGUGUUAUCAUCAAUGUCACGCAGUGCUAUAUUCCGAUGUACACCUUGGAGACGCUCAAUUUAUCCAAGCGAACCAUUGCUAUCAUGCCAUUAGUUGUGUAUAUGAGUGGACUGGUAUCUACAAUUUUUACCAAACCGCUGAACAAGUGCCUCGGUAGAAAGACAGUUUUCCUUGGUGGCCUUUUCAUGAUACUAGGAACAAGUGUUUGGUUUUGGCUUAUUCCUCCGCACAGCAAACAGAUGUACUUUGCUAGUGUAGCGUUAGGAUAUGGAAGUUCGACAAUGCUAGUAACGGUCUUAACAAUGCUGGCUGAUCUAAUAGGAACCAACAUUGAAACUGGAGCUUUCGUAUAUGGAGGGAUGAGCUUUUUAGACAAGAUGUCUAAUGGCAUUAUUAUACAGAUCAUUCAAUUACUUUAUCCCAAAAAUAGUGACAACGGGUCCAGUGCUGGCGGUCUGUAUUACAGAGAGGUCAUGGUAUUCGCCUCUGGAGUAGCAGCGGUUAUCGCUCUUUUGGCUCUCGCCACAGUCGCGAAGAAGAACUUAAAAGCUAACCAAGAACCACAUGGAGCCACAGCCAAUACAUGGUUACAAUCUGGUUCGUGGUCUUUAAUCUGCUCUAAAGGUCCAUUUGUUACUCCUUAUGAAUCUCCAGCUCAACUGGCUCUGAGCACAGCAGCGACUAGGGAUGCCUCAGAGUCUAUAGCUUUGUAUGGCUCUAUGGAGUUAUAAGGUAGUGGUCGAAGAUCGAGCUAAGGACAUUUUCAGUCUACACCGUAGAGAUCAAAUGUUACAGUUUCCAACUAUAUUAAAGUUAACUCUGUUAACCGAAAGGCUAGUCAUUUUCCGUGCUGUAAAAGGAACCUCCAAAGACUGGUACACUGUACUGUGCUUAUGAGAACAAUUCGUAUCAAAUGCAUUCGUCAGUAAAGAAACUAAUUUACCUUUCUCAAUUUCCUUGUCCCUCGGAAUGGUGGGCAGGCUCUUAUUGUCGUUGCUUCACGAGCAUCUCGCGAGUUUCUCGCGGAGACUCGCAUGAGGCUAACUCAAUCUUCACGGAUCUUGCGAGAAGCCCGCGAGAUGUUCGUGCAAAAGGGCCAACAUUCGUAGCCGUUAGAAGCUUUUUGCAUGACAACCAAAAGAAAGGCCGCGACGGAGACUAGAUAUCUUGGAAUGAUCAUUAUGUGUUGGAUUGUCCAAUAUCCCAUGAGUUUUAAACCCGUUUACUACCAUGCGGGACUGAAUCAUGCCUACUAGAGUCUACGAGAGGGAUAUGCGACUUGUUCGAUCAGCUCAUGUCCUCUGUUGAAUUCUCUUUUCUAAUAGGUUCGUUAUGAGUUCUCUACUAUAAAUAAAUCAUGAUUAAUCGAUAAUUUUUGUAAUGAGAUACAUUUCUUUCCCAACAACAUCAGGAGAUCUAGUGUUCGGCGGAAGCCAUGACGGCCAGUGUUUUCACCGGCUUCUUGUUUCUCAUGCGCUUGCCUCUUAAAAGAGGCAAAGCAGUUUAAGACUAGUCUUGAUCUGAAAUCAAUUUCUAUCUUUGCCGACUCCUGCUUUUUGAUGGCUGGCUCAAAAAGUAAAAUCUCUGGAGAACGCUGAACACGGUGACAUGGUUGUUCUCAAAGUUGACACAAGUCAGCUUGAUUCCAGAACUGACGGACUGC